CAUACAUAAAAUUUUGGAAGUUCCGUAUAUAGCGAGUAUAUGAUGCUUUUAUUUUCUUCAACUAUUUCUCCAUAUAAAGAAACCAAAACUACCUUCGUUGCCUACAUCAGCUACUUGAAUUGCAUUUUAGAUGCGAUAUAUUCCAUUAAGAACAGAAAAUGAAGAUAUUAUUGAAGCAGAUCACAAACCUCGAAUUAAAAAGGGUCAUCCAGGCAAAAAAUAUUUUGUCGUUAUUGCCUUAUUGGGAAUUCUCUUCCUAGGAUACAUAGCAAUAGCAUAUGACUUAAAGCCAGUACGUCUUGGGAGUAAGGCAAUUGAUACAUUGGCUUUUUCCUUUAAUCUACAAAAACCAUUUUAUGUCGUAGUAAUUGAUGCAGGCUCCACUGGUAGCCGUGCUCUGGCCUUUAGUUUCCAUGAAUCGAUUCUUGGUGGCAAUUUGGUUUUGGAUGGUGAACUCUAUACAGAAACAAAACCAGGCGUUAGUGCUUAUGCUGAAAAACCUAAAGAUGCGGCAAAAUCUCUGACUGUAUUAUUAGAUAAGGUGAAGGAAGUUGUUCCACAAGUAGAAUGGCAACAUACACCUCUCAACAUGAAAGCUACAGCUGGUUUGAGACUUCUUCCUGGACAUAAGGCUCAAGAAAUACUCCAAGAAUGCAGGAAAAUGUUUGAAGAAAGUGGUUUUCAGAUUUCUAAAAAUUCGAUUUCUAUAAUGGAUGGAACAGACGAAGGAAUAUUUUCUUGGUUCACUGUAAAUUUUCUAUUGGAACGUUUUAAUACGCACAAUCCUGGUAGCACAGUUGCUGCACUAGAUCUUGGUGGAGGUUCUACACAAGUGACUUUUUCACCUAAUUCUAUACAGGAAAAAGGACUUGAUGGACAUACAUAUUCUGUCAAUAUCUUCAGCCAUAACAUGAGUGUUUACACACACAGCUACUUGGGUAUGGGUCUUAUGGCAGCAAGGAAAGAGAUUCUGACAAAUGGAAUGAACUUGGAUAGUGUAAACCCAAAAGAUACAAUAGAAGUACGAUCAGAAUGUGUAAAUCCCAUAGUUUCGACAGAAUGGAGUUAUGGCGGAUUUAAUUAUAUUAUUAAAGGACCCGUGAAUGCAACUCAUAAACUAGUCAAAACACAAAACUUUGCUGGUGGAGAAGUGGACAGGCCAAUUGUCAAUUUUCCAGAAUGCUCAAAAAUUAUUGAAAAAUAUGUUAGCAAGAUAAAAAAUAAACCAGAAGGUUUGAAAGAUCAUGAGAUUUACGCGUUUUCUUAUUACUUCGAUCGCGCCACUGAGGUUGGUCUAGUCGACCCCUUUUCUGGUGGAGUUAUUCAAGUAAAUGCUUUUCAAAAACAAGCAAGGGAUGCCUGCGAUUAUCCAAAUACUGAUCAACCUUUCAUUUGUCUUGAUUUAACAUUUAUCUAUGUUCUCCUCCGUGAUGGAUUUGGUCUGGAACCUAAUACGAAACUUUAUCUUUAUAAGAAGAUCAAUGGACAUGAAUUAAGUUGGGCUCUCGGCGCCGCCUUCAACAUAAUCCAAAAUGGUUUUUAACGUAUUCAAAAUAUAGGCGAAGGAAUUGCAAAUAUUUUUACACAAAAUUGAAGAAAUUGUUUAAGUUUACAAUGUAUGUAAACAUUUGAUUUAGAUAGAAAAUAUCAAUCUAUUUACACGUUUUUUAUUCUUAUUAUAACAUGUUCAGUUACUCGAAUUUGGAUAUCCUAGUGAUAUGCUUAUAUCAGUGUUGUGUAUAAUGUUU